GCAGCAGUUUGCUGCAGAGCCAAAUGUUACCCUGUUGGUUGGGUGGACCUCUGGAAGGCCAUUGGUCGAGGGGGGGUUGUGGGGGGUGGCUAUUUGCAUAUAUACCAGGGCGUAUAUAAUCCCACAGCAAAGUCACAGUUUGACACAGUUGUGAUUCGACCUCCUGACAGCAACACAGCAAAAAGUGGUGGCUUUGUUUUUGCAUCAUUUAUGACUUUUUUUUUGUAACCCAUCCAACAUGGGAUUUUGCCAGAUUGCAGGAGUUGUUGUUCUGCUGCUUUCUUUAUUCUUACACUCUGCUCAGUGCACAACUACGAGGUAUUUCACCUAUGAGGAGGAUGCACCCGGCACAGAGAUCGGAAACCUGUCUCAAGAUCUCAAAAUCGAUCCAGCUGAUGACCCCGACACGUCGUUCCGCUUCAUGCAAGAAAACAACAACUUCUCUUCUGUGAUCGAGAUGAGAGAGAUGGACGGACUCCUGAGCGUCUCAGAGAUCAUCGACAGAGAGCAGCUGUGCUCCAGAUCCCCUCGCUGCUUCAUCUCCUUCGACGUGGUGGCCUUCUCCAAAGAAAAGUUCCAACUCAUCCACGUGGAGAUCGAGGUGAAGGACAUCAACGACCACUCUCCGCACUUUACGCGCAACCGCACCACCUUGGAGAUCUCUGAGAACGUGCCUCUGGACUCCAGGUUUCCUCUGCAGAUCGCUCUGGACCAGGACGUGGGGGAAAACUACAUCCAGAGCUACAACAUCUCACCAUCUAGUCACUUCAGUAUUGAAGUGCACGAUCGGGAUGAUGGAGGGAAGUUUGCAGAGCUGGUGCUGAUGAGAGAGCUCGAUAGAGAGCUGGAGGAUGGAUACAUCAUCCAAGUGACCGCGACUGAUGGAGGCGCGCCAGCAAAGUCCGGGUUUAUGACUGUAAACAUCAUCGUGCUGGACUUUAACGACAACAGCCCGACGUUUGAGCACAGCACCUUAAAAGUUGAGCUGAAUGAAGACUCCCCGGUUGGUCACAAAGUCCUCAAAGUCCACGCGUUUGACCCGGACGACGGCGCGAACGGAGAGGUGUUUUACGCGUUCGCCGACGCGCUCUCUCCAGAAGCUUUACGCAUCUUCCACAUCGACGCUUUCUCCGGGGAUGUGACUUUAAAGACGCUGGUUGAUUUUGAGAAAAGGAGAUCAUAUGAGCUGGAUAUUAAAGCGUCAGAUUCAGGCAGCUCCAACUCCGUCCCCUCCUUCUGCAAAGUGCAAAUAGAAGUGGUGGACGUGAAUGAUAACGCGCCGGAGAUCAGCAUCAAACCGAUGACCUCCAGCAGUGAUGGAAUCGCCUACAUCACAGAGGCUGCAGCGAUGGAGAGCUUCGUGGCUCUCAUCAGCACCUCGGACAGAGACUCUGGCUCCAACGGGUACGUGCGCGUCAGCCUGCUCGGGCACGAGCAUUUCACCCUGCAGCAGGCAUAUGGAGACUCUUUCAUGAUCAUCACCAGCACUACUCUAGACAGAGAGAAGAUCCCAGAGUAUAAUCUCACUGUGAUUGCAGAGGACCUUGGGAGUCCGCCCUUUAAGACUGUGAGACAGUACACCAUCCGGGUGACUGAUGAGAAUGACAACCCACCUCUCUUCAGUAAGUCCCUUUUUGAAGUUUCAGUCCUGGAGAACAACAUCCCGGGGUCAUAUGUCACCACUGUUGUGGCCCGAGAUCCUGAUGUGGGAAAGAACGCCAAAGUUUCCUACAAACUCAUAGACUCAGAGGUGCCAGGAGGAUCUCUAGUGUCCACUUAUGUCUCUGUGGAUUCACUCUCAGGCUCUAUGUACACUCUAAGGUCUUUUGAUUAUGAGACUCUUGAUGAGAUUGAGGUGGUCAUCCAAGCCGAAGACAGAGGCUCCCCGUCCCUUUCCAGCACAUCCACGAUCCGGAUCAAAGUUGUGGACGUGAAUGAUAACUACCCGUACUUCACCUUCCCCGUCCUUGCGAACGACUCGGCUGACAUCCCUCUGCCUUUCAACGCACCCGCAGGCUACCUCGCCCUCCGCGUCUCGGCCGAAGACGCGGACGAGGGAGCGAACGCCGAGCUCUGCUACCACAUCGUGCAAGGCGACCCGCAGCUUUUCGCGAUGAACAAAGACACCGGUGAGAUCGCUUUGAAGCAAUGGCUGACGUCUGAAAUCGGACACGUGCUGGAAAUGAAAAUCGCGGUGAGCGACGGUGGCAGGUCCCCGCUCUCCAGCAGUGCCACCAUUAGGUUCGUCGUCUCAGACACGCAGCCCUCCGAAGACCAGGUCGUCAUCGUGUUGCGGGCGAGUGACGACGAAGGCUCCGUUCUGGACGGCUCUCUAAUUGUCAUCAUUAUGCUCGGCGGGGGCUGCGCGUUGUUGCUGAUUGCGAUAGUGGUCGUCGUUGUGACGUGCAAACUGAGCCGUGGGGGGAGAAGCCGUGGCUCCAAGAGGGAAGUGUGUCUCGGCCUGUUCGACGGAAGGCCCAUGCCCAUGCUCGGCUCGACGGAACCAAACAUCUACACCGGGCAGCGAGGCUUCUUCCAUGAGAGAACCUCUUCCUCUCUGGAUGAUUCCUGCCUGUACGAGGAGAGGAGCGGGGACUCGGAAACAAAGAUGUUCCUGCCCUCCAAGCAUUUCCAGGCAACAUCUGUGUGGCAAGGUGACAAAUACUGCUUGCAAGUGAGUGGCAUUGGCAACAGCGACCAGCAGAGCGUGAAGGACAGCGGCAAAGGGGACAGUGACUUUAACGACAGCGACUCUGACAUCAGCGGCGAUGGAGGCAAAAAGUGCUUCAGCACCUUCCAGCCAAGGCUAAAAAAUUCAUCCAGCUUGUCUGGGGAUUGCCAAGGCACAUACUGUGCGGUGCCACAGCAGAGCUUCAGAGGCCCCAGAGACAAUGCGUACACAAUAGGCUUCUCCCAUGCACCAGUCUUCAACAAUCCUCUUGGUUACCCCCACUUUUGGAAGGACUCUGGUUAUGGCACGAAUCAGCCAAAAUCGAGGAGCAGCAUGCAGACCUUCUCCAGGGCCGGGACCCUUCCUUCUUACUUCCCUCAGCAGCAGCAGCAGCAGCAGCAGCAGCAGCAGCAGCAGCAGCGUGAGGCCAGUGUUGGAGGUGUUGGAGGUGCUCAAUCAAACAACCAGAGUCCAAAUAUUGUAACCGUGGCUACGGCGUUAGAGGUUGCAACUAUAUUUUAAAAAACUGUGUUGAUAAGCUAAUUGAGAUGUACCUGGAAGAUGUAAAUAUUUGUAAAUCUGGUUGUUGCUAUACGGUCAACAGAUGUACAUAUUGUUUUUUAGUUGAAAGGAAUAAUUUUAAAAUGUAUUCUGUUACAUUGUA